AUGCCUGACACGUGGAACCCGUCGAUUGACAUGCCGGACCUUCAGGGAAAGGUCGUAGUGGUGACUGGCGCGAAUUCAGGCAUUGGUCUUUCGUCCGUCAAGUACCUUGCUCUCCACGGUGCGAGAGUGUACUUCACGGCAAGGACGGAGGACAAGGCGGAGCAGGCCCGGCAAGCCAUCCGAAUCAGCAACCCGGAACUCGACCAGGAUCAAGUGAUAUGGCUACCCCUUGACCUGUCAAACUUGAAAAGCGUUAGAGCAGCCGCUGAAGAAUUGAAACAGAAGGAGAAGAAGGUGGAUAUACUGAUUAAUAAUGCUGGCGUUUGCACUGCUUCAACGGAGACGGCGGGCGCUGGUUGGGAAUGGCACAUGGCGGUCUGCCAUGUUGGCCAUUUCGUCUUCACAAACAGCAUACUGCCGCUCCUCAAGAACGCCACGAAGGAAAAGAAUUCUGACGUACGAAUCAUAACCCUCAGCUCCAACGUCAACUAUGCCAUGUUCCCGCAAAACUACAAAUUUGUCUUCGACUCUUCGUCUUUCCUGAAGGAGCCAGUCCCCUACUACCCACUGCACUGGAGACUCGCUAGCCGGCACAUCUUCAAGGUGGACAUGAUUCGAUAUGGGGCUGCCAAGGUUGCCAACCUGCUGUUCGCGCAGGAGCUGCAGCGUUUAAUGGAUGAGCAGGGGGUACCCAUCCUCUCCAUUUCAGUCCACCCCGGUGGCGUGGACAGCGACGGCUGCAAGGAGAUUGGCGGUUCCGUGUUCUCACUCUUCAGAAUCUCAUCAUUCCUGACGGUUGAUCAAGGUACCGUGACACCGUUGUUCGCAGCUACUGCGAAGACGGUCCGCGACAACUCCCAAAGCUUCAAGGGGAAAUACCUGGAGCCGUUUGGAGAAAUUGUGAAGCCUCAUCCAGUGUCAAAGGACGAAAAGCAAAUCAGGGGAAUGUGGGACAACACAACCAGUGAGGUGAACAAAUACUUCGCCGAUAUUGGGCUUUCUCCGCUAGAAAGCUGGUAG